AUGGCCGCGGAAGCUGGUUGGGCAGAUCUUGUUAAGCUUAUGAUGGGAACUAAACUGGUAGCUAUUGGAAGUGACUACGUAAAUGAUAGGAUUAAUGGCAAGUCACUUGUGCAUGCUGCCUUUACUGGAAAGAGUAGAGUUGUUUUUCCUUCUGAUUCAUCUUUUUUCAAAAUACCAGAAGUUCUUGAUAUAGUAUUGAGCAAGAACUCAGUUCUCAUCCAUUCGAUUGAUGAAGAAGGAAGGAGUCCUUUAUCCCAUGCAGCAUCCAUUGGUUAUUAUAAUGGGGUUUCCUAUCAAAGGAAUCAAAAUGAUUCAAGUGAAUUGCUCAACAAACAAGGUCAAAAUAUCGUUCACGUGGCAGCGAAGAAUGGGAAAGACAAUGUUAUUAAGUAUGUGCUCAAAACGCCUGAGCUUGAAAAGUUUAUUAAUGAAAGAGAUGAGAAAGGAAAUACGCCAUUGCAUUUGGCUACAAUGCAUUGGCGACCUAUGAUUGUGAACUUGCUUACAUGGGACAAGAGAGUUCGGCUAGAGUUAGUGAAUGAUGCAGGUUUAACCGCCUUAGAUGUUGCUGAGAAAUACAUUGGAACUGCACCACCAUUCCGAAAGCGGUUAACUUGGAUGGCCUUGAAAUCAGCUGGUGCGCCAAGAUCCAAGCGUCAAAAACCAAACAGGCAGUUCAAGGAAAUGGGGGAAAACUAUAAGGAAAGAAUCAACACUCUCAUGCUAGUACUAACAAUAAUUGCCACUGUAACCGUCACAGCCGGUUUCACAGUCCCUGGCGGCUACAAAAGCUCCGCCCCAGAUGAAGGCACGACAACUCUGCUAAACAGCAACUACUUCAAAGCAUUUUGA